AUGAGGAAGACUCUAUUGAUCAAAUGCAGCUACAAACAGAACUAGAGAUUUGGAAAACUAAGUGGCAACGAAUAAAAUCUGAUGGUCAUGACGUUUGUCAAGAUGCUUUGUCAUCAAUAGAAAAUUGUAAUAAUAUCAUUUAUCCAACUGUACAUAAAUUACUUAGUAUAAUUGCUUGUUUGCCUAUUAGUGUAGCAUCCGCAGAACGCAGCUUUUCUACGCUUAGAAGAUUGAAAACAUGGUUAAGAUCCAAAAUGGGGCAAGAACGCUUGACUGGUUUGGCUUUGCUAAACAUACAUCAUACUAUAACUAUAUCAAUAGAUGAUGUUAUAAAUAGAUUUGCUAAUAAAAAAAAUAGAAAUAUAGAUUUUGUUUUAUAAA